AUGUUUGGGCCAACUGGCACUUCAUCGCAAGGUAAUAAUUGGAACGCAGCUACCGGCUUCUCCAAUCCUAACGGUACAUCUUCAGGGUUAUUUGGAAAGACUCCCGCCUCUUCUGGCGGAGGUUUAUUUGGAAAUUCAUCAACAUCCAAUCUUUUUGGCAAAAAUUCUACUUCCAAUAACUCUGGCUUAGGCGCUAAUACCUCAUUAUUUGGAUCCAGCAACACAAACGCCACAAACGGACUGCAAGCUUCCACAAACGCUCUGAAUUCUGGAGGAUUGUUUUCAGCGGCCAAUAAUGCCCUUUCUACAAAUACUCUGACUGCUUCGGGACUUGCCAACAACCAACAAAAUGGACCAAGUCCGUAUAAUUUCAACAACGUCAUCUCCGGCGUCAAACGCCAGGAAGCAUCAAUGCCACAAUCCAUUACUCAGUCUGUUUUUGGUGACGAAGUAGAUCAAACUCAACCAGAAAAGAAAAGGAAAUUCUCUUACUUGGAAAAGUCUAGCGAGCCACCCAAGUCGUCAUUGCUUUCAAAACUUGGCCAAGUAUUCAACAUCUUUCUGUACGAGGCCAAGACCAAAAGUGCUCCAUCUUCUGGGAUUUUCAGCUCACCGGAUUACAUUGAGCCACCUACACAAAAGAGCAAACUCAUCAAGCAUUCCUCUCUAAAGGACAAAAACUAUAGGCGCAGUUACACUUCGUUGGAAAACCGUUCAAUUGGCGACGUCAAACGCUUGGUCAUAGCUUCCAAGCCAGUGAAGUUUCAUUUAAUUGAUACAGACAAGGUUUUCAAGCCCAAGAGGAGACGUAUAGUGAGUUCUUGGACCGCUUCAGCAUCUACCAAAGCUGUCGAGGAUGAUCUUUCGAGCUCCGAUGAAGAAGAUUUGUCUGUGAAUGAAGCAACUAAAAGAUUUCCUUACAGAAUAACCACUAAUGAAAGACUAUCUGAUGAGGCUUCAAAUGGAAAGUCAACCUUUGAAGGAGAAGCAUUCAAAUCACAAGCUCAGAACGGCCUGCCCUCUGAAUCACCAGAUGGUUACUGGUGUACACCUAGCAUUGCAGAGCUCGAAAAUAUGAAGCUCGAAGAUCUUUCGAACGUUGAAAACUUCAUCAUUGGUAGAAAAGGAUACGGUCAAAUAGCUUUCAACUUUCCCGUUGACUUGUCAAGUAUCGCGGAGAACGCUAGAUCUGAAGGACCUUCCAUUGCUGAAUCUUUAUUUGGCAAUAUUGUACAAAUACUCGAGAAACAUGUCAUAGUGUAUGAGAACUCAGAAGAAAAACCGCCUGUUGGUUUUGGCUUGAACAUACCCGCUACUAUUACUCUCGAAAAAAUGAAGCCCAAGGACGGUACCUCAACUACCGCAUAUAUAAAGCUUUUAAAGCGUCAGCUGGGAAUGGAGUUUGUCAAUUACGACCCUAUAACUUAUGUUUGGACAUUCAAGGUAAAACAUUUCAGUAUAUGGGGUUUGGUAGACGAUAAUGAAGAGGAAGCUGAUGCUGGAACGGCCCCAAAAAGGUUUCAAGAAGAAAAUAACUCGGUGUUGGAUUAUUCAAAAGUAUACGAAGACAAGAGAUAUAAUAAGGAGCUCAGAAAUCAAAAGCUUUCAAACUAUACUCGGGGCGUUCCUGGCGGAUGGAAGCAUAAUCAUUUCAGCACCAGCAGUCCCAUUAACAUCAAACGGCAGUUGGUAGCUGAUGAAAUUGACAACCAUUUGAAAGUGUAUGAGGAUGACAGGAAGGCUCGUAAAUUGAGUGAGCAGGUCAGUGAGAUUACCAUUGAGCUGGACCAAAGUGCUCCUCCGUCUCCAGGUUUGCUUCCAGUCGAAGUUUUGAAGUCAAGUGGAGACAAGAAAAAUGAUGUUGACUAUCUUAAGAAUUUGGUGAGUAUUCUUCCCAGCAAUCAGAAUAUGGAUGACAUUGUCCAAGAAAAAGCGUUUGAACCACAAAUUACAAACGAUGCAGCAUUUGAGAGCAUUCAAAAUAAACCAAAUUUGGCUGUAUCCGGUGACUGGUUGGUGCAAUUAGAACUAGCAAAUGACUACACCUCGGCAAUACUGCCAUAUGUUGCAGCAAACGAAAUGCAAGACACAAAAGGUCGCUUUGACCAUGACUUGGCAUUGGAAAAAUUAGACCGUUCUUUGUUUGUCGAGUUUAACCAGAAAGCUGUCCAAUCCAUGUCCACUCCUUUAUCAAGUCCCAAAACCACCGCCAAGGCUGUGCCCAAAGAACUUCUGUCACUCAGUUCUAUCAUUGACAAUCUUAUAGGGAAUGUCGAAAUCACCUCUAGGGACAAUGAUUAUCCUCGCUGUACUGAUACUGGUGGUCUUACGUUUGCCAAAUUGGGAAACGACGAUAAUUUCGCCCUUGCUUCAGCUUUGUUCGAUCGCGAAAGGUACGCUGUAGAACUGGAUUUGAUGGAAAUGGACGUUGUUGCUCGUCAAGAAUUAUUAAAGCAACGAGGUUUAUUCAAAGAUUGGUUGUCUCAACAUUUGUCUUCACUUGUUGACAGAAAGAGUGAAAAAUCACAAGAUAGCUUUCAAAAUAUCAUUGAUCGCUUAGUCGUUGGCGAUAUCAAAGGUGCGGUUAUUUGUGCUCAAGAAUCUUCCAAUCCUCAUUUGUCCGUUCUUUUGACUCUUGUCGACUCGAAUGACGAUGCUGUUCGCAACAUUGCUUCGAACCAAGUAACGGAGUGGAAAGACACUGAUGCAUUGGCCUUGAUUCCACAUAAUCUACUUCGAAUCUACAAGCUUUUGAGUGGUGAUUCAAAGGCGAUUACCGAUGGCUCAUGGCAGCAAGUGUUAGCAUCCAAAUUCUUCUACAGUGACUCUCAGCUACUUGUGGAUAUCAUCAGUGAAGUUGUGGAUCAAUUCGGCAACCAAGUGGGUGCAGAUGAUACAUUUGAUAUUCUACGCUUGUAUGUUCACACGACUAAAAACGGAACAAAAGACGUAGUCACUUGGAUAAAGAAAGCCGGUUGGAAAAUUGAAAAAGCUUGGCUCUUCAGCUUGGUGUUAACGUCUGGAGGAAGCCACCAAACAGACCAGCUCUCGACAGAAUUGGGAGAUGUUUUGGAGCUGCUUUCGCUUUGGCGUGAAGCAGUUUUUGUGUAUUCUCAUCUCAAUGACGAUGAUACCUGCCGCUCAAAAAUCCGUCAAUGUGUCAUUAAUUACAUGCAACAAGCAAGCUCUACUGAAGAUCAGGUGUUGCGAGAGCUUUGCAUUCCCGAUGCACUUCUUCAUGAAGCAGCGGCCAUCCGUGCGCAAAAUGAAGGAAACUAUUGGCAAGCAUGUCGCUCCUUCAUCAGCGCCAAACUUUGGAACCCAGCGCAUGAUUGUAUAAUUAACCAUCUUGGACCAGAAACAGUCGUUUCCAACGAUCCAAGCAAGAAACUUAUGCUUUUAGAUCUUACUAGCCGGUUCCCCGAUAAUGGUUUUGUUGUGCCCACUUGGUCUCAUGGUGCAGGUCUCUACACAAAGUAUAUCAGUUUGGUAGAUGGCACUGGAGAUGAGAACUCGACAAUCAACGAUUUGCUCACAAAUAUUCCCCAUUUUAGUGGAGAGAACAAUUUCAGCCUGCUGGUAGCUCUCAAGAUGAUAUCGCGAAAAGUGGGCGACUCAGCUAUCAAUGCCCGGGUAUCUAACUACAGAGACCGUGUAUUGGCACUACGCUUAGGUGAGAACGAAAGAAACUACUUUAGAUGCCGCUUGGCGUCAAACUAG